GACAGUUCUCACUCAUUCCAUGUUUUGGUGCGAUUCUCAUUUCCCAUGUUGGGUCAGAGUACAGUGUUCUGAAAAAUUUUGGUAGUUUUAUGCGAGAAAUAUAGUGAAUUAGCCUGAUAUUUAGUGAAACUCGUGAUCACCCUUGUAUCGAAAACAAUUCCCACAAAGUUCGUGUUUAAUACACCCUCCUACAGCAGUGCGUUUCGUUGUUCCGCGAUUCCUUCUUGCCUCAAGCACCAUGUCGGUGGAAAACGAAGAUGAUUCCAAGCAGCGAGAGCAGUUCCAGCAGCGCCGUCACAAGAUCCCCGUUCCGUCCAACUACCGGUACGCAUCGAAGAUCCUCCGCCGCGUCGUGGAGGAACGCUGCAACGUAAAAUCGUUGAUUCUGGAGGAACGGCACAUCCGCAAGGGCAAGGGUCUGGCCAUCAUGGAUCUGAUCCUGGUCCAUUUGAAACAGAUCGACGAGCUGUUGAAAAGGACCGAACUGUUGGUGAAAGAACCCCGUUUGAAUCCUUGGUUGGCCAAGGUGCUGAUCGCGGAGUUGAUCUUCGGAAGGGGAGAUUUGACCGGGGAAUCGCUUCCGGUGCAGUGCGUCAAACGGUACCAGGAGGAACUGAAGGAAGCACUGGGACAGCUGGAUGUCGCGCCGGCCAAAAUGCUGGAUUUCAAAGAACCUCGCUACGUACGCAUCAAUACCAACGUUUUGGCGCAGCCUGGUGCCAUUCGGCUCCUGCAGGAGGAAGGAUGGGUGCUGGUGGAGGAAGAGUUCGAGAAGUAUGGCGAUUUUCUGGAGCGGGUCAAGAAACUGGGCGACUCGGAGUUCAUCGUGGAUUUCCACUUCAAGGAGAUGUUGGUGUUUCCCAAUAGUGCCAAAAAUUACUGGGCUCGCGCGACGGAGCUUAAGCAGAAAUUUGUGCUGCAGAACAAGGCCUGCAUCAUCCCGACCUAUCUGCUUAACCCUCCGAAGAAGAGCGUGGUGCUGGACAUGUGUGCUGCCCCGGGUCUGAAAACUACUCAUCUGGCCAACCUAAUGAAGAACAAGGGUCGUAUUUAUGCCGUCGAGCGGGAUGCAAAUCGCUACAAGUUGCUUUGCGACUAUGCCGCCGACUUCGGUGUCAUCAAAGCGAUCAACGAUGAUUGCAUGCUGGUGGGCGAGGAUCAGGCACCGGGAGUCGAAUACAUCCUUUUGGAUCCCAGCUGUUCCGGAUCAGGAAUGGUCAGCCGGUUGAAGCUGAACGAAGAGUACGACAAGCAACGGUUGUACAGACUUGGAGGUCUACAGUACAAACUGCUUUGCCACGCAAUGAACGCUUUCCCAUCGGCGAAGCGCAUCGUCUACUCAACAUGUUCCAUUUUCCCAGAGGAAAAUGAAGAUAUUGUACAGGGAGCUCUGAAGCACAACGGCCAUUUCAAACUGGUGGACGCCAAAGAACGACUGGGCAAGGAGUGGCACAAUGUCGGUUCGACCGAUUAUCCCGGAAUCGGAGAGAAAUGUUUGUACGCCAGAUCGGAAAGUGACCUCACCAUUGGAAUGUUUGUGGCCGUUUUCGAGCGAUGCGAAGAAGAAGAGUACAACGAUGUGUACCUAGCACACGAGAAGCAAAAGGAAAGCUACGAAAAGCUCUCUAAAAUGGGACACGGCCCGGAUUUCGGCCGAGGAAAGCAGGACAAGGGCAAGAAGCGAAAGAAGACUCAAGAGAACAACUACGAGGAAUCUCAGGAUCAGCCACAGGAGAGCAAUGAUACACCUUUGGAUCAUGUGUCAGAGCCUGUGGAUGAUCCCGAGGUUGCACCGAAAAAGAAAAAGAAGGCAAAAGAUAAAACUAUCAAUGAAGUAGAUCCACCAGUUGCGUCAACAGAAAUUGCAAACGAUGACACAACCAACGAAACAAAGAAGAAAAAGAAAUCUAAGAAAGUUGCAACUGACGUUGAACAGCCAAGUGAAGAAAUCGAGCAAGAAGCGCCACAAGACGCUGGAGAGAAUAAGAAAAAGAAAAAGAAGAAGCGGAAACAUAAUGACGAAGAACCAGAAAACAAUAAUGAAGCAAACGAGGUAGAACAACAAACCGAGACGAUUGCCGAAGAGGUUUCUAAGAAAAAGAAAAAGAAGAAGAAGAAGGAUGAGCAAUGUGAAGAAGAAUGAACUGAAUUAUUCGAUUAAUGUAAGAGAAGAAUAAAUUCGAAGCAUUUUUUAUAAAAAAAUA